AAUGCAUUUACUGAUUGAGUCUCCCUCUCUCUCUCCCUCUCUCUCUCUCUCUCCCUCUCUCUCUUCCAGCUGGAUAAAACCAAACAGGAAGACGGUUUCUCUCCAGUCAUGCAGAAGGUGGAGGGACGGUUAACCCCGGUCAACCUGCCUAUUUCCAGGGGCGCAAGCACCCCGGGGUCCCCCGCCGCCGGCAUCACGGCCCGGGUGAACGACCAGGUGGUGGGCUACAGAGACCUGGCGGCGCUGCCCCGAGACAAAGCCAUCCUUCAGGUGGAGAGACCCGACCUGAUGUCCUACCAACCACACCUCACCUUCUCCCCCCUCGACGCUCCACCCAGAGAAGUACAACACUCACGUUACAUAUCUGCAAUUCAACAUAUCACAU